AUGACCUCACGGAAGGACCCAGACAAGAGCUGGGAGGAGAAGCAGCACCCAGAGAUCAAGUUGGAGCAGUCAAAGUUCAGCCUGAAGGGAGAGGAGGAGGAAGAGGAAAAAGAGGACAAGAUGGAGGAUGAUGCUGAGAAGAAUGAUGACUAUGAAGAGGAGGAUAAUGAUGAUGAUGAAGGUGACCAGGAUGAGGGGGAGGAAUGUAUGGAGGAGGAUGAAGUCAGAGCAGGUCCCUCAGUGUCACCGAAACAGCUGAGUCAGUGCCUUGAGUGUGGGCAGAGCUUCCCACCUGGCUCAGAGCCAGUGAAGCACCACUGCCCGCAGCCUGGCUCCCGGCCCUUCGUCUGUGGUGACUGUGGCAAGAGGUUCAGCUGGAACUCAAACCUCAUCCGGCACCGCCGCACCCACACUGGAGAGAAACCAUUCACCUGUGCUGCCUGCAGCCAGAGCUUCACCCAGCGCUCCAAUCUCAUCCGGCACUGCCGCACCCACACUGGAGAGAAACCAUUCACCUGUGCUGACUGCGGCCAGAGCUUCACCCAGCGCGGCCAUCUCACCCAGCACUGCCUCACCCACACUGGAGAGAGGCCCUUCUCUUGUGACAGCUGUGGCAAGCGCUUCAGGCACAUGGCUCAUCUUAGGCAACACCACCUCACCCACACCAAUGAGAAGUCCUUCACCUGCAGAGACUGCGGCAAGAGCUUCAACCACAGCUCCACUCUCACCAUCCAUCGCCGCAUCCACACCGGAGAGCAUCUGUUCCCCUGUGCUGAGUGCGGCAAGAGCUUCACCACGAGCACUCGACUCAUCCGGCACCAACUCAUCCACAGCGCUGAGAAGCCCUACAGCUGUGCCGACUGUGGCAAGAGAUUCACCCAGAAGGUACAGCUCACAGAGCACCGUCGUGUGCACACUGGCGAGUCAUUCAGCUGUGCUGAGUGCGGCAAGGCCUUCAGCCAUAGGGGCACUCUCAUUCACCACCGCCGCACCCACACUGGUGAGAAACCUUUCACCUGUUCUGCCUGUGGCAAGAGUUUCAGCCGCAGGAGCCAUCUCAUUCGCCACUGCUGCACCCACACCGGUGAGAGACCGUUUACCUGUGCUGACUGUGGCAAGAGGUUCAGCCGCAGGGGCAAUCUCAUUGCUCACCGCCGCACCCAUACUGGUGAGAAACAUUUCACUUGUGCUGACUGUGGGAAGAGCUUCAGCCGCAGUGACCAUCUCAUUGGUCACCGCCGCACCCACACAGGUGAGAAGCCGUUCACCUGUGCUGACUGUGGCAAGAGCUUCAGCCGCAGGGACACUCUCAUUGUUCACCGCCGCACCCACACCGGUGAGAAACCGUACACCUGUGCUGACUGUGGGAAGAGCUUCACCCAGACGGUAACCCUCAACAAGCACCGCUGCACCCACACCAGAGAGCAGCCUGCACUGUAG